GAACCACAGAAGAGCUGCAGCUGAGAGUCAUUUCCGUUUCUCUCUCAAGAAAAACUAAACUGAAUCCACCAGGUCUUUCUCAACAACACAGCAGAGUCUGAGCGUAACACUGCUCAGUCUUCCGUCUGUCUCUGUCUCUGGAAGUGUCUACAGCAGAGUCAUUUGACCCAGUGUGUCAGCAUGUCUGCUGCCAGCUGUCUGCUGACUGAGGAUCAGUUUCUGUGCUCCAUCUGUCUGGAUGUGUUCACUGAUCCAGUCACCUCACCAUGUGGACACAACUUCUGUAACAAAUGCAUCACUGAACACUGGGAUGUUAAUGUCCAGUGCCAGUGUCCCAUCUGUAAACGACGUUACAACACAAGACCUGAGCUGCAUGUAAACACUUUCAUCUCUGAGAUGGCUGCUCAGUUCAGACAGUCAGUUCAACAGAAAACCAGCAGCAGCAGCUCAGAGCAACAAGCUGCCAAACCAGGAGAAGUUCCCUGUGACGUCUGCACUGGAACCAAACUGAAGGCCCUGAAGUCCUGCCUGGUUUGUCUGACCUCCUUCUGUGAGACUCACCUGGAGCCUCAUCUGACCAUGUCAGGCCUGAAAAGACAUCAGCUGAUCGACCCUGUGGAAAACCUGGAAGACAGGAUGUCUACGAAUCACAGUAACCUGCUGGAGCUGUUCUGCAAGACUGACUAGAUGUUUGUCUGCAUGCUUUGCACCUAUUCAGACCACAAGGCUCAUGAUGUUGUUCCUCUGAAAGAAGAAUAUGAAGGAAAGAAGGCUGAGCUGAAGGAGACAGAGGCUGAAAUUCAGCAGAUGAUCCAGAAGAGACGACUGAAGCUUCAGAAGAUCAAACGCUCAGUGGAGCUCAGUAAAGAACGAGCAGACAGAGAAACAGCAGAAGGUGUUCAGGUCUUCACUGCUCUGAAGGAGUCUGUUGAGAGAGGCCAGGCUGAAUUCAUCAGGACGAUCAAAGAGAAGCAGAGAACAACAGAGAAACAGGCUGAAAACUUCAUCAAAGAGCUGGAGCAGGAAAUCUCUGAGCUGAAGAAGAGAAGCAGUGAGGUGGAGCAGCUCUCACUCUCUGAAGAUCACCUGCACCUGAUCCAAAGCUUCUCAUCCCUGAACACUGCUCCACCCACCAAGGACUGGACAGAGGUCAGUGUUAGUUCUCCAUCACAUGAGGGGACUGUGGUGAGAGCUGUGAUUCAGUUGGAGCAGACGCUCAGUAAACAGAUAAAGAAGGUGUUUGAGGCUCAGCUGAAGAAGGUCCAGCAGUAUGCAGUGGAUGUGAUACUGGAUCCUGAUAUAGUACAUCCCAAACCCACCCAGUCUAGUGCUAAACAGGAAGUAAAGGAGUUUGAUGACUGUAGAUGUGUCUUAUCAGAGCAGGGUUUCACUUCAGGAAGAUUUUACUUUGAGGUUCAGGUUAGCAGGUGGUCUACAUGGACUUUAGGAGUGGCCAGAAAGUCCAACAUGAAGAGAUGAAUCACACUGAGCCCCAACAAUGGUUUCUGGACUGUAUGUUUGAAGCGGACGUAUUUUGCAACUGCUGACCCAUCAGUCUGUCUCUCUCUGAAGUCAAAGCCCGAGAAGGUGGGGGUGUUUGUGGAUUAUGAGGAAGGCCUGGUCUACUUUUACGAUGUUGAUACUGCAGCUCUUAUGUACUCCUUUACUGGCUGCUCCUUUACUGACAACGUCUACCCAUUCUUCAGUCCAUGUAAUAAUGAUGGUGUUAAAAUUCACACCAUUGAUGAUAAGGCUUGUACUUUACAAUGAGUAGAAACAUUAGAUUUAAUUAGAAACAAGACUAGGUAAUUUCCAGUGUUUGAUUUGCAUUUCAUUACCAAUAUAAAAUGUCAUAUAUUAUCUAAUUUUAGCAAACACUGGUGCUCAGUCAUGAGCAGUGAGACAAUGGAGGAUUAGUUGUUGUAGAGAUACGUUUUGACGUCAAUAUAGAGUUUAUUUUUGAUAUUAGGUUUUAUAAUAGAAACCCCUUUGUUUUCGCUCAGGAAUUUAAAUAUAUGUGUGAGAACAAACCAAGGAAAUUACAUGUACUACUUAACAACAAAAUAAACAUGACUUGAGAAAAUAUAAUGAAAUGAACUCACUCAUCACACGCAGGAACAAAGCUGAAAUGACAGAGGGAAGCAGCUGAACUGAAGGACAAACAGAGAAUGAGCUCAGGACACAGAACAACGAACAUUCAAGGCACCUGUGUGAGCUGCCCAGUUAGCACACCUGUCCUCCUGCUGCUCCUCGGUCCAGCAGUCAUGUGACCCCACUUCCAAAAGUAUAUGUUAUUAUUUAAGUAAAAAAAAUAUUUAAAUUCCCAAACUAACAGAUUAAGUAACCUUAAUCAAAUUAAGAAGUUGAUGAAAAGUUACGUAUGAAUUGCAAGACUCUAUAAUAAUUCCAGUGUUCAUUGAAAAUUUAAAUUAGUUUCUGAGCUGAAUUGAAUUUCAAUUCUUCUUUCAGUGGGACAACAACACACGCAAAGUGUUUACAGUGUUUUGGCAUCAUCGGCUAAUGAAGAACGAGCUCACAAACAUCAACAUACAAUUGCAUUUAGCACAAAUUGGACAAUGAAAUUAGGCAAUACCCCCUAAACUGGCAUUUUUCAGUAUACAAUGUGAACAACUGCAGAAGAAUUAAACUUCAUGCACAGACCAUCUUCAAAUCUUAGAUCAGACACAUAUCUGUAGUCUGAUCUAGUGUAGGGAUGGAGAUGGAAAAGAAAGCUUUCAUGUUUCCAGCUCCAGCUGCAGAACGGUUUGCAGAGGGGAAAUUAACUUAAGGAACUCUGAAUUCAAGGGUGUUGUGACUCAUGAUCCCUUUACUGUUUCUGUCCUUAGUUUAUUUUAACUUUCACACACUGUCACUUGGUUUUUAGUUUUGUUUUAUUUGUGUGCCAGAUGUUGUCCUGUCUUAAACUUAUGAUGCUGCCAUCCUGACCAGUGAUUUACCGGGCUAAAUAAAGGCUAUAAUACAACAAAAUUAAAUAAAAUCAAUACAGUUUUUUUCACAGGCUGAGUAAUACUCCACAUGAAUUUUAUGUGUACAUGUGUUGUUGGAGUUUCCCUAU